AUGCAGUUCCCAUAUGGAUACCCGACGCCCCCAGCCUCUCCGUCGCCGUUCGAGCUCCCAAAGUGCGCCAUCCAGUCCCAAGUACAGCAGCAGCCGAGAUAUGUCCCAACGGCGCCUGAGGCUAGGUUAGGAAGGUUCCUUGCCGGAACCCUCCAGCUCCAAGGAAUCCUCGGAACAGGAGCAUACGGUGUGGUGUACUCGGCCGUGGACGUCAAGACCCAGGUCAGGUAUGCCGUCAAGACCCUUAGCAAGUUCAACGCCGACGGUACGCCCCUCGACAGGAGACAGGUUGCUUUCCAGCAGCGUGAGAUCCGCCUGCACUGGCUCGCAUCUGCGCACCCCAAUGUUGUUUCGAUGCUGAAGAUCAUCGAUGACCCGGAAUGCAUCUACGUUAUCUUGGAGUACUGCCCCGAAGGUGAUCUCUUCUAUAACAUUACCGAGCGUGGACAGUAUGUUGGUAAGGACGCAUUGGCCAAGCAGGUUUUCCUUCAGAUCCUGGAUGCCGUGGAGUACUGCCAUUCCCAGGGUAUCUAUCACCGUGAUCUGAAGCCUGAGAACAUCCUGGUGUCCAACAAUGGGGAAACCGUCAAGCUGGCGGAUUUUGGCCUUGCUACCUCUUCGGACCGAUCUGAGGACUACGGCUGUGGAUCGACUUUUUACAUGUCUCCUGAGUGUCUAGACCAUACUACCAGGAGGCCUUACUACUUUUGCGCACCAAACGAUGUUUGGAGCCUGGGCGUCAUCCUGGUUAACCUGACCUGUGGCCGUAACCCCUGGAAGCAGGCCUCAUUCGAGGACUCUACCUACCGGGCAUACACCCGGAGCAAGGAUUUUCUCAAGACCAUCCUGCCAGUCUCGGAUGAGCUGAAUGAUAUCCUGGCUGCCAUUUUUACCCGGAACCCUGAUGAGAGGAUCACUCUCCCAGAGCUCAAGGCCAAGAUUGCUGCCUGCCCAAGGUUUACUGAGCAACAACAGAUGGCCCCGGCGGCAUCGCCUGAGUACAUCUCAUACGUUGAGGAGGAUGCCAUUGUGGAUGACGAUGAGGACUACGAGUACGAGGACGCCCCACUUUCGCCUGCGUCGUCCGACGCUUCCGAUGACGAGUCCAUGAGCGUGUCCAGCCUCGAGGAUCUAGAGGAUGACUCAGAGGACGAAGAUGAAUAUUGCCCGGGUCCACGCGAUGCUGUGACACCGCCCCCUCACCCAGAGUCGGGCGCUGUCAUUUUUGACCCGGACUCGGCCGUCCAUGGCCACGCUGGAAUGCCGUCCGAAUACGUUCCACACUUCCAGGGACAUUCCACAGUACCUCCGAUGCCCAUCCCGGUUCCAUCGCAGCCAGUACAGAUGAACAUGGCAUAUGGUCACCACAUGCCCAAGGCGCCAGUUCCUGUUAACCCAUACCACAUGCACCACAUCCCGCACUUCUUGGAUGCCAUGUACAAGUACCAGGUGCAUCAUCCUGCUCCUAUGCCUGUCAUGCAUCAUCCUCAUCCGGCCCAUUUCCAUCAGCAUCACCAGGUACCCAUGUUUGCCUGUUACUAA